AAAGUACCUGUGGGCCAGAUCUGGGGCAGGCCAUUUUCCAAUGCAUGCCAGUGCAAACCAGGUUCAUAAUUCUGCUCACAUCAUAUGCCACUAUAAUUCUUGCCUAGAAUUCCAUAUUCAGACUAUUUGAAUAUGAUGUCAGAAGCACGGUUGUUCCUUUUGCCUUUUAUAAUUGGAGGAGGGGAGUUGUGGAUUAAAAGGAGUAGGGUAUAGAAUAAUUUUAUAACUGGAAUCUAUAAAAGGACACUGAGACAAGUGGCAAUAUCUGUGAUGAAAGCACAAAGCCACUAGAGAAAGAAGACACUUUCAUGUACGAAACUGAUACGAAGAGAGGAAAAGAGAAGGAAGGAGAAUGUUGGGACUACGAACAUUUCUGAUCGCUCUACCAGUGUGUCUUCUGAUUGUGCUUUACCUAAAAUGGCUCUGGUCAUGCAAACACUACCCUCCUGGGUUUUCUGUCUUUGGAGAGUUGUGGAAGAUUAGGACUGGGCUUCCUCAAGAUUUUCUCAUCCAGUGGGCAAAGCAAAAGGGCAAGAUUUUCACCCUGUGGAUAGGACCUCUACCCUUUGUAGUAAUUUCUGGAUUCCAAGCUGUGAAAGAAGGGCUGAUCAACCAUGCAGAAGACUUUGUGGACCGACCAGAAACCCCUUUUAUUAAAGCUGCAUUUAAAAAGAGAGGUAUCAUGUUUUCAAAUGGACACACCUGGAAGCAGCAGAGACGUUUUGGGCAAGUGACUAUGCGGAAGUUGGGACUGGGGAAGAAAGGGAUGGAGCACCAAAUAGCAGAGGAGGCCCAACAGCUUGUGGAGACUUUUGCACAGGCAAAAGGGCAGCCUUUUGAUCCUUCACUACCCAUCACUAAUUCAGUCUGCAAUGUGAUAAGUGUUUUGGCAUUUGGGCAGCGGUUUCCUAUUGAGGAUGAAAACUUCCAGAAACUGAUUGAAGCCCUUGAUAUUUUCAGCAAAGUUGGAUCCAGCAUUCCACAGGUGGCCUAUGAGAUAUUCCAUUGGGUCAUGAAACAUCUUCCAGGGCCUCUUACAAAUUUUUUUUCCGUUCUGGAGGUGACACUUGCAUUUGCAAAGAAGCAGAUAGAAAACCAUAAGGAAUUUCAGAGACUGCAUGAUCCACAGGAUUUCAUUGAUUUCUAUCUACUUCAGAUGGAAAAAGCCAAGGAUGACCCCAACUCUACUUACAAUGAAGACAACUUGGCUCAGUGUGUGCUUGAAUUGUUUGCUGCAGGGACAGACACUACUGCCACUUCCUUGCAGUGGGCGCUGCUGCUCAUAACAACUUAUCCAGAUGUCCAAGAUAAAGUCCAAAAAGAGAUAGAGGGUGUUUUUGGUUCAUCUUGCUUAAUCUUCUAUCAAGAUCGGAAGAAACUUCCCUACACCAAUGCAGUAAUUCAUGAAGUCCUGCGUUCCAAAUAUGCCUUGUUAUAUGGAGUUGCCAGAACAACUGUAAAGGAUGUGGACAUUCUUGGUUUUCACAUUCCCAAGGGGACUGAUGUUGUUCCCGAUAUGCGAUCUGUUCUCCUUGAUCCUGAGCAAUGGGAGAAACCUGAAGAAUUCAACCCAAAUCAUUUUUUGACCGAAGAUGGACAGUUUGUGACCAGAGAAGAAUUUUUGCCAUUUGGUACAGGGGCUCGUGCAUGUAUCGGGGAGCAGCUGGCGCGGAUUGAGCUCUUCAUCUUUCUCACAAGCCUGCUGAGGGCGUUCACCUUCCAGCUGCCAGAAGGAGUGAAAGAAUUGAAUCAAGACCCUAUUGUAGGAUUCACAAUGCAUCCUCAUCCAUAUAAGAUCUGUGCCAUUCCCCGCUACAGUAGAUAAUAAUAAAAAUAAUUACAGUGUC